CCACAUGUGAUCGAGGAGGAAUGUGCCCGAAACAUCAUGGACAGCGGAUUUAGUUUGCGCAUGCUCAGAAGCGUACAAGGAGGACCAUUCUUGCCAUGCGUAUCCUUUGCAAUCCCAAGUCGUGUAAAGAUGACUCAGAAGAGAAGGAACAACGGGCGAUCUAAACACGGCCGCGGCCAUGUCCGCUAUGUCAGGUGCACAAACUGUGCCAGAUGUGUGCCAAAAGACAAGGCCAUCAAGAAGUUUGUUAUCAGAAAUAUUGUUGAACAAGCUGCUGUAAAUGACUUGAAGGAAGCAUCAGUUUAUGCAACAAGUGGAAAUGAUGCAGCAUACAUUCUGCCAAAGUUAUAUGCAAAACUCAUGUACUGUGUGAGCUGUGCCAUUCACUCAAAGGUUGUAAGGAACAGAUCAAAGACUGACCGAAGAAUUAGGACGCCACCCCCAAGAUUCCAGCCAAAGGAUCGUCCUCCAAGACCUGCACCAGGUGGUGCACCAAGACCCAUGGGAACUGGUGCUACUGGUGGUGCUGCAGCCUUUGGAAAAAGUUAGAUAUAAAAAAAUUGAAUUCAUGAUAUGAUCUCUUUCAAAA